AUGACGGUAGAAUCCCAAAUCAGCUAUAACUGUACCGGGGUCAUGGCACCAGUGACGCUAUCCUACCUUAGUGCCAUUGUUGGUGCAAUUUAUUGCCCAAUCACAACCAUUGGGAAUGGCCUCGUCAUAGUCUCCAUCUUGGUUGAUCCGUUCAAGGAACUCCGCACGCAGUUCAACUUUUUUGUUGCCAAUUUAGCUGUUGCUGACCUCAUCAUUGGCUGCCUUAUAGAUCCUCUCACAUCAUGGGCCCAUUUUCAAGAAGCCAAAAGGGUAGAGGUAAGAAACGAGUACCCAAGAUUUGUUGAGUUCUGUCACUACAUGUACUUUGCAUCUGUGUCUGCGUCACUCCUAACCUUGUCGGCGCUGUCAAUCGACCGCUUUAUAGCAGUGCGUUUCCCUUUGCGGUACCGUUGUCAAGUAUCCUUUGUUCGUUAUGGAAUCGCAGCUGUGUUCAUCUGGGCAGUGUCUUUUGGCUUGUCUGCAAUGUACUUCGUGAUUGGCUACGUGAUGAUGGCUUGGGUGAUGGCAAGUUUCAGCUGUGUCUUUACAUUCAUCAUCAUGCUCUGUUGUUACUUUCUCCUAUACCUUGUGAUCAAGAGUCGUGAGGAAGGCCUACUGGCAACAUUGCAUGCAGACGAAUUGGCCCUGCAAGCCAAGGAUGACCAAAGUGACCCUCGUGCUGUGGACCAAUCAGUGAAAAGAUGCAAGGAGAAGGAGAAGAACAUCAAUGAAAGGAAAAAUGUUGCGCAGACCAAAAAGGUUGUCUCCGUGUUGAUCGUCAUGUUUGGACUGUUUUUGGUUUGCUUCGUGCCUGCAACCAUCAUGAUUUUUAUCAUCAACCUUCAGCAAGGAGACUGCAUAUUUCGCCACUGGCUGCGCGAUCUACAGCUGCUCUUCUGCAUCACAUCCUCCCUUAUCAACCCAUUCAUCUACACGAUCAGACUGCCAAACUUCAGACGUGCGAUACUGGUCGUUCUUCGCCUUCGAAAGACCAACAGCAUUGGACCGGCAAGCACAACAAGAGCCUGA